UCUCGAAGGAGGAGCAGCAGUCUCAAACUGGUGUCCUCCGUGCGAUGUUCUCAACGACUCCGAAAUAAAGAAAACUUGGAAGUAGUGAGGGCUGAGGCCAAACAAGUCUCCCCACCUCAAUGUGUGACAAGACCCCAGGCCGCAACAUCUGCUAAAGCCUCAGAGGCCCUUCCCGAGCCCCUUCCUGUCCCGCCAGCAGCAGGGAAGAUUCCCUUAGUAGAAAUCGGUGUCAGUGAUCGCGUUAGCGCUGAGCUGCACCUCCAGAACAGCGCAUCUGAACCGGCAGAGAAGCUCUCCACAACCGUCAUCUUGAGCUCAGGUGAUGUCUCUCCCAAGGAAAGCAGGGUCGACGAACUGCCGCCUGCAGCCCGUGAGCUGGUGUUCCCUCAGACCCCCGAGGCAGACGGUGCAGCAGAAAGCGAGGCUGCGUCUGAGCUGAAGACAGGAAAGGCAGCUAAUACUACAGUCAUUUUAAGUGACGAGCCUUGGCUGGAGGAGGUAGAUGGCUCUGCUCAGGUACAGGAGGGCUCUGCUAAGCAGCCUUCCCAGCGUGUAAGGGAUAGCCCGGAGACUCCGACAGGCUCUAGGCUGAGCCGCCGCUCAGUGCGCAGAAGUCUGAUGGGUAAAGCUUCCAUGACUCGCAGAACCUCCUUGGCAGAGAAAUACUCACUGGCCAGCAAGAGGGAAAGCAUGAUCCGGAAAUCUAUCACCAGGACAAUGGUCAAGAGGAAGGCGGCUCGAAAGUCAUCUGUGUCCUCCGCUUGCGUGGAUGUCUCCAGCUCUGGAGAGGUGCCAGAGGAUGAAGAAACAGUUGUCAAAACUGGGCCUCCUCCUGGACCUUGUACCCCCACCAAGUUGCCGCAGGAGCCGAGCAACAACGAAAGCAACUUAAAUAAGAAUGGAGAGACCCAGGAACCACCCCAGAGUGCCAGGAGAAAGCCAAGUUACAAAAGAGCUGUGGAUGAACGCUACGACAGUCAGCAAGCAGAAGACGGAGGGCUUUCUCCUCCGAGAAGAAAGACCCCAUCCCCUACCUUUCCAGCCAGCAAAGUUGUACGUCCUUUCAAAACAUUUUUGCACACUGUGCAGAAGAACCAGCUCCUCAUGACGCCAUGCUCUGUGGGGAGAAAUGGAGUAAUAAAAUCUUUUAUCAGGUACAACACUCCUCUCCAAUCUGAUCCCAAGGAAAAGGAGAGACAGAAGCUAGAGACUCUGAGGAAAAAGCAAGCAGCUGAGCAGCUGAGAAAACAGAAACUGGAGGAAGAAAAGAAGCGGCGACUAGAAGAGGCGAAGCUGAAGCGUGAGGAGCGGCUGCGCAAAGUGCUGCAAGCUCGGGAGCGGGCAGAGCAAAUAGAGGAAGAGAGGAAGAGGCGCAUAGAGCAGAAGAUAGCUCUGUUUGAUGAGAAGACUGAGAAGGUGCGGGAGGAAAGGCUGGCAGAAGAGAAGAUCAGAAAGAAAGCAGCUGCCAAGAAAAUGGAAGAAGCAGAGGCCCGGCGCAGGCAUGAUGAAGAAGUCAGAAAACAAAAAGCACUGCAACAGGAGGAGGAGGAACGUCGGCACAAAGAGCUAAUGCAGAAGAGGAAGGAAGAGGAGCAGGAACGUGCCAGGAGGAUUGCUGAGCAGCGACAGGCGGAACAGGAGAGAGAGAAACAGCUGGCUGCAGAGAGAGAGCUGGAGAGGAAGAAGGAACAGGAGAGGAUCCAGGCAGAAAAGCUUCGUGAACAGCAGGAGAAGGCUGCUCGCCUGCAGAAGGAAGCGUUGGCUGCAAAAGAACAGCUCCUCAAGGAGACAGAGAAGAAGGAACAGGAGGAGCAGAGGCUGGCAGAGAUGAAGAGGCAGGAGCAGGAACAGAAGAAACUGCCAGAGGAACAAAAGGCUACAGAUAUAGCCCACACACAGCACCUCGAAAACAAAGAGAACUCGCCUGCCUGCAGUUCGUACCAGAUGACUCCAAAGGUCCAGAAGGAUCCAAAGCCCCCCACGAUAAAUCCAAACAACUAUGGAAUGGAUUUGAACAGCGAUGACUCUACUGAUGACGAAAGCCAGCCUCGCAAGCCCAUCCCUGCCUGGGCCACUGGGAAUCAGCUUAACCAAGCUGUAAUCCGCCAGUACUACAACCCUCCCAACGUCGACGCAAUCUUUGGGGUGAUCGCAAGCCCCAAGCUGGAGGACAUCUUUUACAAAAGCAAACCGCGUUACUUUAAGCGCACGAGCUCUGCUGUGUGGAGUUCCCCGCCGUUUUCAGGUGUCAAAUCGGCUCUAGGUCUGCCAUACAGCCUGAAAAAGCAGUGA